AUGGAAGCAAUCACCCGAGCAGGAAAAGCAUUCCUCGACUCCACCUCUGACAUGCUCCAAAGCGCUCUCGUCACAUCCUCCGACACCGCUUCUUCCCACAACUCCGCCAACCACACCCAGUCACUCACCAAAGACAUCGUUGUAUCCCAAAUUCUCAUCCAUCCUAUCAAGUCAUGCCGAGGCACAUCCGUCACUGAAGCGCCCUUCGACCAUCAAGGUCUGCAGUACGAUCGAACAUGGCUCAUCAUCGAUGCCUCCACUAAAAAGUUCUACACUGCUCGAGAACUUUCCAAGAUGGUCCUCAUCCAUCCUAAAAUCCAGCAUGAAAGCAAUACGCUCUCUAUUGAGAUUCCACAGUCGGAGACGGGUACGCCAGCGUCGAAGGUGGAAGUGGCGUUGCAACCGAGUGAGGAGGAGGUGAAGGGGUAUGAAGUGGUAGAAGGGAUUUAUAUCUGGGGCGUGUAUGUUGAUGGAUAUGCGGUGUCAAAGGAAGCUGAUGAGAAGUUGUCGGUGUACUUUGGGAAGGAAGUAAGGCUGGUGAGAAAAGGUCCAAGUGCAAGAGAGAGUGGACCGACGGAUCCGGAUGGAAAGGUAGAGUGGAAGGAUGCGGUACUAAGGUACCAAGAUUUCUAUCCCUGCUUGUUGGCUUCAGCAGAGAGUCUGAGAGAUGUACAGAGGACAUUGACUGCUUCUGUCUACCCUCAACUCUCCAGCUCCUCGGAGGGAGAGGAGAAGGGUAGGGAGGUAAAAGUCCCAGCUUCAGUAAACCGUGAAUACUGGACCCCUGAAGAACUCUCAUCCCUCCCCAUUACCCGGUUUAGACCCAACAUCAUCGUCGACAACGCCCCCUCCUCCGACACAAAACUCACUCCUUGGGAGGAAGACGCCUGGACAGCAGCAGAGUUCUUCGACUCCUCCUCUUCCCCCUCAGAGCUACCGCUGGGUGCAGAAGCAGAAGGAAAGGGAAGGGCAGGGAUCUACAUGCUUGCCAAAUGUGCUAGAUGUAUGGUUCCCAACAUUGACCCUGAAACAGGUGUCAGAGACAAUAUUUUGCCUUACAGGGUGUUGCAAGAGUACAGACAGGUGGAUCCGGUAGCUGCGAAGAAGGGCAAGCCUUGUUUCGGAAUGCUCAGUGUUCCGAGGGAGAAGCAAGGGGUGGUGAAAGUGGGCGAUGUGUUUAGGGUUACAAAGACGACUGAUCCCGAGACUAGGCCUUCUCCUGUCUAA